AUGGAUCCACGAAAUCCAAUACCACCACCACCGCCAGGACAUUUAAACACGACAAACAUUGCGCAAGACAUCAUUGAUGGCGCCACAAAUAUUUUCCAGUCACCUAUAUCGAACACAAAUGACAAUAAUAUUUCGAGAGACCGCGGUCCUAAAAAGUCACCUUCGAAAGCAGCUUCUUAA